UGGCCAUUCUGACGACCCUCGCUGCUCUAGGCAAUCCCAGCAGCCCCCCGUUCGACGCGUGGACGGGGGAUGAUCCGUGUGGGGAAGAUUCGGGGAGCGCGUGGGCUGGCAUCAAGUGCGACACAGGCAGCCCAUACAGUACAGUGGCUGAGAUUGACAUUCAGGACGCCAAUCUAGCAGGAGACUUGCCGCCUUCCAUUUUCGACCUCACGUCACUUCGCUUGCUCAAUCUGGCGCUCAACCCGAAUCUGACGGGCAGCUUUCCAGAUGCACUCGGGAACCUCCUGCAGCUCACCACGCUGGACAUUCACGGGUGCAGCCUAUCAGGCUCCAUACCAUCCACCAUCGGCCGUCUCACCAGCCUCAAAUACUUCCUGGUCAACCAGAACCGCCUCUCGGGCUCCCUGCCCGCUCAGAUCGGCACCCUCCCCCGCCUCUACAUGCUUGACGUCAUGGACAACCAGCUGGAAGGGCCUCUGCCGACAUUUGAGGGCGCAAACGAGCUGAGGCACCUCCACAUGAGCAACAACCUCUUCACGUCUGUUCCAGCAGAGAUCAGCCGACUGCCGAAGCUGAUGCACCUGCUGAUGGACAGCAAUCGUCUCACCCAUGACUUUCCCCUUGCUUUCAACAACACUAACCUCACUGUCAUCUACUGGAGCAACAACAUAAUACCCGGCCCCUUCCCCUCCACCUGGUUCUUCCCCAAUCUCAAGGACUUUCUCUUCAGCAACUGCUCUCUACCAAAACAGCCUCUCCCUUCCUUCCCUGUCUCUUACGACCUCUCCAACCUCGACCUGAGCAGCAACAGUUUCACAGGCUCCAUCCCGGGUGUUCUAUUCUGGGAGCACCUUAACCUCGUCAACCUCAAUUUGGCCAACAACGAUCUUGACUCGAGCUUCCCUCCAGCAAUCGCCGAUGCUGCCAAUCUGCAAUCCGUCUUCCUCUCAGGCAACCAGCUCAGCGGCCCCCUGCCGGACCUCUCAGCGCUACCCAGCAUCGUGUCACUCUCCCUGUUUGACAACUCCCUCUCCUCCAUACCGCCCGAUAUGCUCGCCAAGAGCAACAACAUCACGCUGCAGCUUUUCAACAACGAUCUGUGCAAGCCAUUCAAUCCAGACUACACGCAAGUCUGCUCCCCCCCGACGCCCCUCACCCAAUACACUGCCCCUGCUUUCUGCGACGGCCUUGCCUGCCAGUCCGACCUCUACAGCCCUAGCGCACCGCUCUAUAACGAGUCGCGCUCCUGCGUGUGCGUGUCCCCGUUAAGAGCCGACCUGGAGCUGUUUAUAUCGGAUUUCGUGGUGUACCAUGAAGAGCUCGUGCAGCAGCUGGAGCAGCGGAUCUUCUCUGAGCUCACCAGCAAGUCCCAGAUCAACAUCACCAGGCCGCAGCUCCUCAUCUCGGCCAUCAGCAGCCCCGCCUCUCUCUCCUCGCUCGCCUCCACCUUCGCCUCGGACCACGCCGAUCACCAGUCCACGCUCAUCAUCACGCUCCUCUUCUUCCCGCCGGGCGGCGACGGCAGCUGGUACCCGCGAGACACCCCUCAGGCCAUUCGCAACGCCCUCACCUCACGGGACAUUGCCGUGCGCGUUGCUCUCGGCAACUUCGGGCUGUUUCAGGUCGCGGGAUUUUACGGCCCCGCGCCCUACAACCCCCCAUCGCAGCAGCAGGCCUCGUCCGGGCUGAGCACGGGCGCCAUCGUGGCCAUCUCAGUGUGCUGCGCUGCUGUUGCCAUCGCCCUCAUUGUGGCUCUGCUCAUGCGCCCCUGGGAGAAGCGAAGGUGGGUGGUGCAAUGCGGAGCACUCGUUGACCUUCCCCCCCACCCACCGCCCCUCCAUCCCUCUCAUCCAUUCAUUGCCCUCACACCCAUUCACCACCCCGUCCCCCAACCAGGCCAUGCGGACUACGAGGCGCUAAAGGGCAUCAACCUGCAGCAUCCUCGGUGGAGCAACGCGGACUACGAGGCCUUGGAGGGCAUCACCCUGCAGCACGCGCGGCGCUACUCGCUGCGACAGCUGGCAGAGGCCACCAACGGCUUUGAUGACUCGGCCGUGCUGGGAGAGGGAGGAUUUGGCAAGGUGGGUGUGAGAGGGCAAGUCGGAAACGAUGCUUCCCUUCCCCCCGUCGGUCCUACCCUACCCCAGGUGUACCACGGCAUUCUCAACGGCGAGUCGGUGGCGAUCAAGAAGGCAACGGAGAAGAAGCAUCGGCAUGAUGAGGUGUACCACGGAAUUCUCAACGGCGAGUCGGUGGCGGUAAAGAAAGCGACGGAGAAGCAUCGGCAUGCGGGGGUGGAUUUCAAGAACGAGAUCGAGAUGCUGACGGCGGUGUCACACGGCAACCUGAUGAAGCUCACCGGCUUCUGUGUGGAGAAGGACGAGCAGCUGCUCGUGUUCGAAUUCAUGGAGGGGGGGGCGCUGGACGCCUGGAUCAAAGGUUGGUUGCUAUUGGAUGCAGUGCGGUUGUGUGCGGUUGGAUGCGGUUGGGUGUGUGGAGCAAGGGCGUGCUUCUGUGUGGAGAAGGAGGACCGGCUGCUGGUGUUCGAGUUCAUGGAGGGGGGGGCUCUGGACGCCUGGAUCAAAGGUAAGACGGGGCGUGUUCUAUCGUGGAGGGAGAGGAUGCGGAUUGCUCUUGAUGCGGCGAGUGCGCUGCACUACUUACACAAGGAGAUGAGGCCCGGCAUCAUCCACCGCGAUAUCAAG